CCAUCUUCUCCCUGCCUAUGCUUUAGCAGAACUUGUUUUUAGAAGCACUGGGGCAGGAAAUGCCUAACACAUUUGUCACCGAUGACUCUCGUGAGCAAACAGCCAGAAUGAGAGACUUAGCUAAUAGGACAGUGUUCAGCUGGCAUAACCUGUCAUAGCUCCACUGAAACCAGGUGAACAGUAACAAUUUACCCCAGGUGAAAGUCUGCCCUGGGUUCAUUUUUACAAGCGAAAGUUGAGGAUUUAAUUCUCUACAGUGCUUUGAACAUUCACUCUCUCCUCCUUUGCCCCUUAAGAGGGUCAGUCCUAAAACAAAGCCCAUUUUAAAAGAAAUGAAUGUGGAAAAUGUGAAACAAAGACCACCUUUGACAGUGUAUUUUACAGAGCUUGUGGCAUAGAACAGGAGAGUGGAGGAGAAGCCAUUGUGUACGUUGAGGAAGUCUAAGAAUAAAGAUUAUAGGGAAACAGUCUACCUUUCUUUACAAGGCCUUGAUUUACGUCCCUGAAAUCUCAAACUUAGCUAUUACAAUGAAGUCCUGUUGCAGACAGAGCAGCUUUUUUAUCACCACUUAAAAUCUAAUUAAUCCGUAUUGAAGCACAAAGAUUUCUGUUGUAUUUUAGGGUGAGGGGUCAUAGAGCCUUCUUUGUUCAUCCUCAGACUUGUAAUCAUCAGGCAUUGGGAUAUAAUUUUACCAAGCAAAUUGGAAGGUAACAGAUCAAAUCCUUAUCAGAAAGCCUAACUCAUGGUUUAGCAGAGUCCUCCGUCCUCUACAUGAAACAUUAUAUUCACCAAGAACAAAAAAGCGUUUCAGAACUUUCAAAGGGUUAAUAUCAAAAGCUUAUAUUCAGGGCAGCAGAGAACUAAGAGCAUCAUAGCUCCAACCACCACAAAAGAUAGGUGCUUAUAGAGCUGCAGGGUAGACAUUCCUCCUACAGCUUUUAGGAGACUGUUCUCACAAUGGCUUUAGUCUAUAGAACUAUGAUGCAAUUAAGUGGCAUUUUGGUUUCUUUUCUAGGAUGGGUUCUAUCCUGCCUCACCACCUAUCUACCUCAAUGGAAAAAUCUCAAUUUAGAAUUAAAUGAAUUGGAGAUCUGGACCAUGGGACUCUGGCAAGCUUGCGUUGUCCAAGAGGAAGGGGGAAUACAAUGCAAGGAUUUUGAUUCUUUCUUGGCUUUGCCUCCUGAGCUCAGGAUUUCUAGGAUUUUAAUGUUUUUUUCCAAUGGAUUAGGACUUCUGGGCCUCUUGCUCUCAGGCUUCGGGUUGGACUGUUUGAAGGUUGGUGAGACACAACACGAACUAAAGAAACGGCUGCUACUGCUUGGAGGAAUAGUAUUCUGCGUAUCGGGAAUUACAGCCAUAGUCCCAGUUUCUUGGGUUGCCCACACUACAGUCCAGGAAUUUUGGGAUGAGACUAUCCCAGAUAUUGUCCCCAGGUGGGAUUUUGGGGAAGCACUAUUUAUUGGCUGGUUUGCUGGAUUUUGUCUUAUACUAGGAGGAUCAUUGCUUAAUUGUACAGUCUGCUCAGCUGAAAUCCAUUCAUCCUCUGUCCAUUAUGCAGCAGCAGAAGUACAAGAUCACUGUCAAUACUUGGAAACUGAAAAUAGACCUGAAAAUCUAAGAGCUUAAGAAGUGUAGAAGGACUCUUCUCUUUUCAAACUCUGCUUGUUCCAGCAAUGAUUCAAAGGAUUCUUUGUUACCUAGCUGAUUCACAAAACUUGUGUGUCUAAUUCUUUCUUCCUUUAACUGUGAUUUCAAAGCAGUGUUUUCCCUCACUUGAAGAACUGUUAAACCUUUUGUUUCACAGCAGGACAUUAAAGCUACCAUGGACUGUGGAGAAGAAUCACCACAACUUUGUUUGCUGUCUAACUGAACUGUGAAACCCCCCAAAAGAAUAAGCAUGCUCUUUUUAUAGUUUGGUUGACAGCCAAAAUGUAAGUUUCUUUUUCAUAUGAAAUCAAUUAAAUGAGAUUCAAAGCUUU